AAGUUGUGACUUGAUGCACUACAGAUAAAGAUGUUACGCUACAAUACCUGAUAUAUAAACCACAUGGGCAGUCUUAUGUGUUUACUUAAUAGUAGUACAGUUGAUCUUUUUUUUCAUAUAAAAAUCGAAUAACCUACCUAACGACUGCAGAAAGGGAAAUUCAGCGCGCGCUAAAUAAACCAUCGUACACGCCUGCAGUACAAAGCCAACACAAACCAGAAUGGCGAACGGAAUGUACUUAGAACAUUAUUUAGACAGCAUCGAGGGACUUCCCUGCGAGUUGCAGAGAAACUUCUCAUUAAUGGAGGAUUUAGAUAAUAGAACUGAAGAGAAAAAAGCAGAGAUAAGUGAACUAGCUUCUGAGUAUAUUGCAAAAGUUAGAAAUCUGGCAUCCGAGGAGCGUGUCCAGCAUUUAAAGAAGAUUGAAAAUGCCUACAACAAAUGCAAAGAGUACAGCGAUGACAAAGUUCAGCUUGCAAUGCAGAUAUAUGAAAUGGUGGAUAAACACAUUCGGAGAUUAGAUGCUGAUCUUGCACGCUUUGAGAAUGAUCUGCAGGAGAAACUGGACUCAGCCAGUCUGGAGAGCUCAGAUGAAAAGCAAUCUCGAAAAGAUAAGAAUAUAAAAGAAAAGAGGGCAUCCCAUGGAUCAGACAAGAAAGGAUCAGAUCAAGACUCACCCAAGCAGAAAAAAAUGAAAAAUGGUGCAAAUGUAAGUGAAUCUCUGCUCGCCAUGCACCCAUCAGAUGUCCUGGAUAUGCCUGUGGACCCUAAUGAACCCACAUACUGUUUAUGUAGUCAAGUAUCAUAUGGAGAAAUGAUUGGAUGUGACAAUUCUGAUUGUCCAAUAGAAUGGUUUCACUUUGCUUGUGUUGGCCUAACAACCAAACCAAAAGGAAAAUGGUACUGCCCACGAUGCACCCAAGAGAUGAGAAAAAAAUAGUCUACUUCUACAAUGCAUCCUAAAUCAAAUGUCCAGUUAUUACAGCCUAUUCAGUGGAAAUCAAUUACCUUUUUGUAAAUGUGCCUUUCCUAUGGAGACGACCAUGAAUGUAACAAUAGGGAAUAAUAUUAAAUGUAUUUUCCAGUUGGUGCCA